AUGUCUAGUCGGUAUUCCUCAAAAGCGCACCAGCGUGAGGGAAGAACAGCUCUUUUUUCCACGGUGUCUCAACCGGUAUCUGCUGCACACUCUCCAAUAAGAACGUACAAAACAUCUUCGGCCACGUCGCUGGAUAAUCUACGCCGUCAGGAGGACCCUUUUGCUAGAUCGUCUUCCCCCUACGAUACAGCAGACGCAAAAAAAAGAGACUACAAUGCUUCGCUAAUGUCACAGCUCGAGUCUCAGAACGACGAGACUGUGGACCUACUGGGUUCCAAAAUAACAGCUUUGAAAAAUCUCUCCAUGAUGAUGGGCGACGAAAUCAACAAAAGCAGAUUCAACCUCUCUGCUCUCGGAGGCGAUAUGGAACUGAGCAAAAACCGCAUCAAGGCCAACCUAAAUCGGAUGGCCAUAAUGGCCGACAAGACAGGAAUAAGCUGGAAAAUAUGGCUCCUGUUCUUCACAGUUAUAUUUUGGAUAUUUUUGUGGGUCUGGUUGUUUUAG